AUGGCGGUUUUGGAUUCUCUCAAUUCAGGUACCAUACCAUCUCAAUUAAAUCGCACACUCAUUUGUUUAAUUUCGAAGAAGAAAAUCUGUGAAUUUGUCUCUGAUUAUCGCCCCAUUAGCUUGUGUAAUGUUGUCUACAAGCUUGCUUCUAAGGUCAUUGUUAAUAGAUUGAAAGGGUUUUUACCUGCCAUUAUUUCUGAGUCUCAGUGUGCUUUUGUGGGGGGAAGGCUGGUUAGUGAUAAUGUGUUGAUAGCUUAUGAGUUGGUAAAUUACCUUCGGAAUAAACGCCAUGGCAAGAAGGGGUAUAUGUCUAUUAAAUUAGAUAUGAGCAAGGCGUACGAUAGAGUUGAAUGGGGUUUUUUAGAGAAAAUCAUGCUCAAGCUAGGCUUUGCUCCUAGAUUUGUUAACCUUAUUAUGGAGUGUAUUAAAACUGUAACUUUUUUAGUUUUAAUAAAUGGACAUGCUCAUGGAAAUAUUUCACCUACAAGGGGUAUUAGGCAAGGGGAUCCACUAUCCCCUUACCUUUUUCUCUUUUGUACAGAAGGGUUAAUAGCUUUAUUGAAAGCUGCUGAGGCUCAAAGGAAUCUAAAGGGUGUAAAAAUCUGUAGAGGGGCUCCAAUGGUAACUCACCUUCUUUUUGCUGAUGAUAGCAUUCUUUUUUGUCGGGCUGAUGUUGAAACAACUGCUUUUAUUCAAGGAUUGUUAACUAAAUAUGAGAUGGCCUCUGGGCAGAAGGUGAAUAAAGAGAAAACUUCUAUAGUCUUUUCAAAGAAUGUAGAUGCUAAUAAGCAGCGUGAGUUAUUGCAGUUAUGGGGAAAUAACCCUUCUUAUGCAUGGAAAGGAAUUUUUGAAGCAAGGAAAUGGUUGAUGAAGGGAUGCAGGUGGCGGGUGGGAAAUGGUGAAAUGGUGAAAAUUUGGAAGGAUGCUUGGUUACCUGGACCCCGAACUUUACAGCCAGAAUUGGACAUAAACACUAAUUCAGAAUUUGAUGAAGCAGCAACAGUGGAUAGUUUAAUUGAUAUGGCAACCAGAACAUGGAAGGAACAUCAUAUUAGAGCUCUCUUUAAUCCAAGAACAGCGGAGGAGAUACUAAAAAUUCGACUAUCAUCAACUCCUUGUAUUGAUAGCAAUGGGGAAACUUCUAUGCAGGUACAAGAUAGUCAUCUUUGGAAGAAAAUUUGGCAUAUGAAAGUUCCAAGGAAGAUCAAAAUGUUUGCUUGGAGAGGUUGUAAGGAUAUUUUGCCCACUCUUGUGAAUCUACGGAGGAAAAAGGUGGUGGAGGAAUCUUUAUGUUGCUUUUGUUUGGAUAAUGAGGAAGAUCUUAAUCAUGCUUUGCUAAUCUGUCCUACUAAUCAAAUUGUUUGGCAGAAGUAUUUUCCUUUAUUCAAGGUUUUUAACUCAUCUUUCACCUUUCUUCAAACUGUCCGAAGGAUCCAGCUUCAAGCUUAUAAAGAUGUUCGAGAUGCUACAUCACGGCAGCAAUUACAACAGCUAACUAAGUGGCAAGCUCCACUAGAGGGGUUUCUCAAAGUUAAUGUUGAUGGAGCUAUCUUUGCGGAUCAAAGGAAAGCUGGCAUUGGUGUUGUAUUACGGGAUACCAAUGGAGCAAUACUGAUGGCUGCAAGCAAAAUUGAGAUGGAGGUGGACGAGGCAGCAACUAUUGAAGCUAUUGCUAUUUUGAGAGGAAUACAACUCAGUCUUCCACUUGGUAUUCCGAAACUAAUUAUAGAAACUGAUUGUCUUCAUGUAGUUCAAGAAUUGCAGUCCUCUGAAGCGUCGUAUGCUAGUGUUGGGAACUUGUUUGCUGAUAUUAAUCAUCUUAUGAUGCGUUUUCAGGAAGCACAAGUAAUACAUGUUAAUAGAAUGGGGAAUGGGGUAGCACAUUCUCUAGCUAGACAUGCAUGGAAUAUUGAGGAUAUUAAUGUUUGGUGGGAUCAGAUUCCUUCUUUUGUUCACCAUUCUUUAUGGUUUGAUAACAUUUGA